CUCGCGGGAAAAAUGGCGGAAAUGUGUAGUGCCUUCGUUACAUCAACAUCGGCCAUUCAAGUCAUAGCCUCAUAAGCUUCAUCCUGUGUUUGCUGGAAUGCAUGUGUCACAGCUGUGUCUGUAUAUGUAAGACUCUGAUUUUACAGAGAAAAGCAAGAUGCAAGAAGAUUCAAUGCACCUUUCCACCGCUGGCCACAGGACACAAAACCAAGCUGUCACUCAAGAACCCCUGAUCAAGUCUUUCCAGUGUAAUGACUGUACACUCAUCUUCAAAUCAAAGGUCUACCUUUUUGAACACCUCAACAAGGUGCAUGGAUUUGAUGAAGAUGUUUCUCUAAGAGAUGCUGGUUUAAAAAACCGUGGAACUAACAAAUCCAGCACUGACAACAAUUGCAACAGUACAGGAAGUCAUUUUGAAUGCCAACGCUGUGAUCUCAAAUCUGCUAAUCAGGAUACUUUAAAUGAACAUGAUUGUUUAAUUGGUUCUGGAAAACCAGAGACCGAAACUCAUUUGGAAAAUGCACAAGAAGCUGCGAGAACGAAAGAGAUUUCCUCCGUUUCUUCAGCCAUGCCUACCUCGAAAACUAAAUACAUACUAAACUUGUCAAAGGAUCUGAAAACAUAUAAGAGGCCAACCAUGCAAGCCAUCACCAAUUACUUUGUGACACCAUCUGGAUCAAAUGGGAAACCCCCAAUGAAGUUAGCUGAUAGCCCAGCGCUUCUAGAUAGCACCAAAGGAACCCUGAUUUUACAAGAAUCACCCUCAGACUCCAGCCCAAACAGUAGUGGUGUGUUCAAAGUCACCGCAAAGCCCACGAUUGAUAUAGCCAAACGUGGUUCUCAACGUUUUUUGUUAGAUGACCGCCUUCAAGUUACUGACCUGUUACCAUCAAAGGCUAAAGAACAAUUCAGAGAAACAGUUCUUAAGAGGACCAAUAAUGAAAGCUCCAAAAGUCCUCCUGCUAAAAUAGCAAAGUCAUCCAAAGGAAAGACAAAGCUCCAACAGAAAGCUCACACAAGCAAACAGGGAUUAUCAAGCAACACAGACUUUGAAUUUGAAUUAAGCGAAGAUGAGGAAGAAAAGAAGGUUAAUCUUGUUUUUGGUGAUAUGGAAAGCCAAGAGGGACCGUUGCAGUGGAAUACAUGUGAAGAUGUGCCCAGUUCACAAAGACCUCAAGGGAGUUCUCAUGAGAGUGCCCAUACGCCGUGUAAGGAAGUCAAAAAUGCACCCUCACCCCAACAUCCCACCUCCAAAGGAGCAGACACGGAAUUGUAUCAGUGCAACAACUGCACGUUUAGUCAUAAGUCAGCUGUUGUUAUGCAUGUCCACUACCAAAAAAGCCACCCAGUUGAAGUAGUCACAAUUGACAAAAUCAAACAGUCGGCUCAUGUCAUGUCACAUACAAGUUUGCCUAUGAUGCCAGAGAAGUGUCCAAACUCUGUGACAAUAGAAGAAUCUAUACCUCAAAAGGACAUCUCUGAUUCUUCCAAGGAAACAAGAAAGAAAGAUGAGAUUGCACAGCAAAAGAAGAUUUCAUCGUCUUUGAUAAGUCCAAAGCACACACCAGAAGCUUCUAAGACUCGGUCAGAGUCUGGAAAAACUAAGAAAGUGAUAUCUGCUGAGGACAGACGUAAAGAAAAGAGGUUUACGGCCAAACGUCAUUGUAAAAUGUCUGCUGGAAUGGACAGUUUAUUCAGCUCACCAAAUGCAUUGUAUUACUGUCAGUUUUGCGACUAUUCAAGCACAAGCAUCAAAAGUGUUCUCGGUCAUCAUAACUCAAAACAUGGUGCGCAGAUGCCAACAGUUUCUGAAGACAUCUUGUUUUACAGUGCUGAGGUGCAGAAAAAGAAACUUCAAAGUGAAGCUAAGGCUGCAGGCAGAACUUCAUCUUCUGAUUUUAAAAUGAGUAAACAAGUUGAGCUAUGUAGUGAAAAAGAACUUGAACAUGAAGAGGACGAGGGAACAGGUGCGACUGUGACAAAAUUUAAUGCCUAUGCAUGUGCAGAAAAGUUGUUUUACUGCCAGAAGUGCAACUAUGGAAAUCCGUCUGUCAAAGGAAUAUUGCUCCAUCAAACCAAAGUUCACCAAAGCAUUCAUUCCAGCAAGGAAUGUAUUAUUGAACAUACAGCUCUGAUACGUGCUGAAAUCGAAAGAUCUAAAUCUCAAGAAAAGGAGGUAUCCUUUUCUACCAAUCUACCUCUCCCUCUUAUGACCGAGGGUGAUGAAGAUUUCUUUUUCUGCCACUUUUGCAACUAUAGACAGAAAACUGUGGACCAGGUAUCGCGGCAUUACUUCAGAAAACAUCGUGGAUUUGUGGCUAGGCGAGAACAAAUCCAUUUGUAUACUUCCUUGAUUCUGAAACAUAUACAGUCGUCGUCGCGCCGAAGAACAACUGCAAGCCAAGAAGUCAGUUAUGCAUCCCUUGGGGAAAAAAAUCAUAAAAAGACAAAGAAGCUUGGUAAAGUUUCGACAUCAUCCUCUGUGAGAGCCUCGCAAACAAAGAGGACUCUUCAGUGCCAUAGAUGCAGUUACAACACGCAAUAUGUGUAUCUUUUGAGAAAGCAUAUGCAGGUAUUCCACAAGUCCAGUUGCACAGUCAUGGAUGUUUUAAGAGGGUGUUUUAAACAAGGAACUUUACAGUCAGGCUAUCACUGUGACAUGUGUGUUUUCUCUCACAAAAAGGCAGCAGCUGUCUAUGAACACUACCAGGAAAAACACCCAGGACGUAGACUAAGCCUUGAGUAUGUGACUACUCGGUUGUAUGUCGGCCCUGAAACGUGUACUCCUUCAAAGAAGAAACCUGGAAUUAGUGAUGGUGAUGACACGGAUGGCAGCUUACCAUCUCAGAGAUCUGGACAAAACGAAACCAAGACGUAUUCUUGCAGAGCAUGUCCAUUUAAAGGUAGCUCAAUGUCCAGAAUCACAGACCACUACCGUGCUGUUCAUCCGUGGUCUGUGAAAGAAGACGGCUCAGUCCUGGAUGUCAUCAGCAGCAAGAAGCAGAGUGCAAACAAGCAGGUGGAGGACGACAAUGAAACACCUGUGCCAUUUGACACCUACCAGGCAGCUCUUGAAUUUGACCACUCACCUGGUUCAUCUGAGGAAGCAGCGUCUUCCACAAGGCUCAAGUGCCCUCACAGCCCUCCGAGGUUUUCUACCCAGCGCAGUCGCAAAACUGAAAAUUUAGAUGAACACCAAAAAGAGCAAGUGCAAAUCAAAACACGUGUGCAUGUCUUUAAGUGUCCACAUUGUACCUACGUGAAUACCAAUUAUCAUGGAAUUCUCACUCACUGCCAGAUGAGACACCGUACCCUCCCAUCCAGGGCAAACAGCCUUUAUGUGGAUGAACCACAUUUAUACAACUGGAGAGACUGUUUGAAAAGAAAAGGUCCGGAUUUGAAAAUUUGUGGAUACAUGUGUAAGAGCUGCCCAGAAAUCCUUGCAACGCAGGAGAAGCUGAACAAGCACUGCAAGAAGGGCCAUAAUGAGACUGCAGAGAAAACAGUGCCAAAUAUGCCCAAAUCAGCUCCUAAACCACCAGCUGUCAGUAAAAAAAAACAAUACAAGACCCACAGUAAACAGGGAUCAGUAUCCUUUUUAAGUAAGAAAAUAUACACAGCCAUGAGAUGCCAGUACUGCAGUUACAGUUGCACCACAAAACUUGUACUUGAUCGGCACUUGCAUAUUCGCCACAGGAAUGAAACUGUUUCGAAGGCUCAGGCUAGUUCAUUAAAGUGCGCCCUGUGUUCCAGUGUCUUUUUGAGGAAGAAGUAUCUCAGAAGCCAUUAUGCUAAGAAACAUGGAAAGGAAGCCUUAAAAUUCUAUGCACCACUAUACAAGCAGGUCCACGGGAAGCCAGCUCCAACAGUUCCUGACCACCCUUUAACUCUGCAACCAGAGGCAUGGAAACCUAGCACGACAGCAGAGGAAAAGAAAAUAUUAAUCUACAAAUGUCCAGUUUGUCCCUAUGUGAAUGCUAGCCACCAUGGCACUCUCACUCACUGCCAAAUGAAGCAUCCAGACCUCAUUGCAAGGGCAGAUGACCUUCAAACAGAUGAAGUACUUGUAACCAACAUGGUCAGGUGCACAGUGGGAAAAGGGUCUAAUGAAAGAGGGUACAUGUGUAAAAAAUGUCCACAGAUUCAUGUAUCACUGAAGAAACUAAAAAUCCACUGCGAGAGUGUGCACGAUCAGGCUGAGGCAACAGCUUCUAAACAUUUAUUUGAAACUGAAGAUAAAAAACAUCUUGAGUAUGGCUCUCGGGGGUCUGUGUUGGAGGCUGUCUCCUUAAAAAACAAAACAUCAGCAGUGAGAACCAUAGAAACUGGCCUCAGUCAACAGUUGGGCACUGCUGAGACAUGUCAGUCAAACACAGCGUCAGUACAGAACAAGGCUUCACAGUACAAGUGCAGCCUUUGUACCUAUAUGGGAUCGUGUCGAAGAUACCUGCAUUGUCACUACAAAAAGACUCACAAAUUGGAUCCAUUCACUACAUACAAGCUUCUAGAGAAGUACAACAGAUAUAAACACACCAAGCCCCGCAACUUGCCUGAAGCUGCAUCUGAGGGAUGCACGUCUGUCAAAUGUAAGAUGUGUCCAAACUUAAAGUUUGACUCAUCUCAGCUGCUUAUCAACCACUACAGUACUUUUCAUAGCUCAGGCUGCAUAUUGGACUUCAUCGUGUUAUCAAAAGCAUCGAGGAAAACAACAGGACUUUACAAAUGUGCCCUCUGCAUGAAACAAAUGAAUGGAAUUAAAAAGUUGUGUCAUCAUCUGGAUAAGCACAGAGCAGGGGAGAAAAGGAAGGCAAAAGCUGCGAUGAUGCUUGGCUUUACAACAACACCACAGGCCAAAUCCAUCGUCAUUUGCAAGCAUGAUGAAGUACCCAUGGCAGAAACCGUGGAGCAACAGGCCCAGUGCAACGUGACACCAGUACAGACCUUUGCUUCGCCACAAAGUGCUGUGUCGUCCCCUUCAAAGCCCACUGAUCCGGAGCAACCAGAGCUGGAAUCGAGACAAGACAAACACAGUUGCAAACAGUGUGGGCGGGGAUUCAUAUCACUGAAAGGUUUGCGUUUGCAUCAGCGCAGCCAUGCAGCCCUGGCAGCCAUCAAGAAUAAACUGCACAGUGUGUCUACCUCAGCAUUAAAGCACAACAUUAACAAAUAUGUCCUCUACAAAGCGGGGACUAUGCGGCCUUUCCUCUGUAGCUUCUGUUCAUAUCGGACGACCGUCAUGGGCCUGUGGAGGUGUCAUUUUCUUAAAACACAUCAAGAUGUCAUUAUGGAUGCUGCUGAGACUGGCAGCCGAGAUAAGGAGAGCGCUCAGAGGGCUGACAUGGAGCUCUCUAAUUCAUCAGAGGAAUUGAACAAUUUGCCUGAACUUGAUGAAGAACCUGAAAUUACUCAAAAAUCACUGUACUUGGAGCACCCAGAUGUGCAGCGGCAGUUGAACCAGUACAGCCUGAUGGCGCAGGCCGCUGCUCCAUCGAAAGCCAACGUGCAAGAAACAAAGUUAGCUCCGAACAGUCUGCUUCACUGUGAAGUCUGCAGUUUCAACACUGGAUACCUGUCUAGCAUGCGACGGCACUACCUGAAUCGCCACGGAAAGAAGAUCCUCAGGUGUAAGGACUGCAGCUUUUUCACUGGUUUAAGGAAAACCCUGGAAAUGCACAUUGAGACUGGUCACUCUACCAGCCAGUCAGAAUCCACUCAUCAGAGAGACCUGCGCUGCCCUUUCUGCCUCUACCAGACCAAGAACAAGAAUAACAUGAUUGAUCACAUCGUCUUGCAUCGUGAGGAGCGCGUUGUGCCAAUAGAGGUGCGUAGACCAAAGCUGUCACGUUACCUUGAAGGCAUCGUCUUCCGCUGUCACAAAUGCACUUUCACAAGCGGCAGUGCUGAAAACCUGCGUCUGCACAUGAUGAGGCACGAUGACAUCAAACCCUACAAGUGUCGGCUGUGCUACUUCGACUGCACUCGGCUGAGCGACUUGGAGGCACACCUGAGCGAUAAGCAUCAGGUUAUGAGGAAUCAUGAGCUAGUGGGUCAGAUCAGCCUUGAUCAGCUAGAGGCAAGGGUUGACCUGGUGCCAGAGGAGGACGAGGAACCUUUGUCUAACUUGGAGUACUGCGACAGUGAGGAUAUAAAAACAGAGGAGGUUGUUACAGACUGUAAUGAAGAUCCACACAUCAGGGAGAGUGUUACCCCACAGAUCAAGGGAGCACAUCAAAAGCAAGAGCAGGAUGACAAGAAUGGAAAAGAAGAAAGCCCCGCCAAGAGCUCUGUAUUAGUCCCUCAGUAUGAGAAUACAGACACCGCUAUCCAAGAGGAGCGUGAGCUGGACCCUCAAGAACAAGCAGAGAUUGUGCUGCCAGACAUUGCAAGAGCACAGUGGGUAGCAAAUAUAGCAGGGCAAAAAGUUGGCGAAGGGAACAAUGCAGACAUCCAAUAUGAGAAAAGCAGUUGUCCAGAGAAAGAGACAAAUGCGAACCAAACCCAACUCAAACUCAAAGAUAGUGAGGGCAGCAGUGUAACAUUCACACAACAAAAAGAGGAGGCAGAGGAGGGGAGCUCAACAGCAUGUGGUAAAAUAGCUGAAAAAGCGCAGGCCCACAAGCGACACAUUAAGGCGCUAAAGCAUAGAACGCUGAACAUUGAGGCUAAGGUGGAAGAUGAUAUACUACGUCACAUCCUACUGCUGGAUGAGGAUGGCGGCAUCCGCAAGAGACCCAAGAAGGCAAGUCAGGAUAGAACGAUUAAGACGGAGCAGGUCAUCAAGCCUGAGGUUGAUGUUCUGAGUGAGAUCCUGUUGCUGGAUGAAGAAGGCAGCAUCGCUUUGGCCCACAGCCAAAGAAAUCACCCUCAUACGGAGGCAAUUUCAGCCUUAACAAAGAAAAGUUAUAGGCAGGCAAAUAACAUCAGGGCUCAAGAGCAAUUUAAAGUUGAAAGACACUUGCUAACCCUUACACCCAACUGUAGACAACUUAAGAUAAACCAUAAGGAGAUCUUAGGUGUCUCAUUCACAAAGUGCAAAGAUGGACAAGUGCAAAAUCAGAAAAACAAUGAGGAGGUGAGAGACCCUUAUGGGGAAAUGCCAGUACUUGAGAAUGAAUAUCUCAGAGAAGAAAUGCACCCGCUUGGUUCUUGCAAGCAAGAAGAUCAGAACUAUCAUCUGGAGCAGAACCAGGACAAAGAAGAUGAGAUCAUCACUGAAGAUGAGAGCCGACGCACCAGUCAGGGACAUCAGGAGGGUGAUGGGGAAGUGGAAGCUGACAAUCCACAUGUGCCAAAAGGUGCACCCACCAUCUCGGACAGAGCCGCUGACGUCCUGUGCCCAGAAGCUACAAAGGAGAAGCUGUUUACCUGUGAGUUCUGUGGUCGAAACCUCAUGAACGGCUCUGAACUGGAGCAUCACGUCAUGCGACACGGAUUAUAGUGUCUUUCUCUAUGCUCUGGACCAUAGCAAGGGUUUCCUGCUGAUUUCUGCGUAGGAAGCUAGAGUUUGUGUUCAUGAACCAUCCUCUACUUUCAAACUGUACUGUGUUUGGUAGAUUUUUAACUUUUUCUAUUAUCUGUAUAUACUGUAUUUUUAUGGUACAGCUGUUAGGGUAGGAUGUAAUUUGUGUCAUUCAAUAGGUAAAACUUUACUACCAAUAUCGUUACUGUAUAAAAUGUGACACGUUGUCAUUUGGAUUUUAUUGACGGUUGUUUUUCUUAAAUAUGCGAAUAUUAAUUUUUUUUUGGUCUUAUGAAAGACAUUUUCAAAUCAUGAGAUAUUAAAUCUUAAUUCUGAGUUUCUUACUGUAAAACAUGCAAAAAUCUUAACACUGUGAACUACCGUUACAUAUUGUUACAAAUAAACUGGCAUUGACGAGGGAUGUUCAAUAACGAGACCUGAACCAACCUCAGUAUCACUGACUGUGGAAAUACUUGUGCUGCUUUAAGGCUCUGUUGUGUGUUCAAGUUGUUGCCAACAAGCAAAUAAAUGGCCUACAUCCACCAAUCACAAAAAUAGCUGUAUGUUGUUUGACAUUCUACAGUAUUCGUUUGUUAUUUCUGUGAUGACGGUCUGCUUACUUUUAAACCUUUUUGUU